CACUUGUGAUAUAGUUAUGUCAAUACAUUCAAUCAAUAUACAAGUCAUAGCAUAGAUUGAUUACCAUGGAAAUAGAAUUACUUUCAAGAGAAACCAUCAAACCUUCAUCACCAACUCCUUCUCACCUUAAACUUUAUCCACUUUCUUUCAUAGACAACAUUGUUUGCAGUAACUAUCUGCCAUUACUUUACUUUUACAACCCAAACGGAAAUAGAGAUCAAAAUUCAAAAACAUCACAACUCCGAAAAUCCUUAUCUCAACUUCUAUCUAAAUACUAUCAUUUUGCUGGUAGGAUUAAAGAUAAAAUUACCAUUGAAUGUAAUGAUCAAGGUGUGUUAUUUUUGGUCACAAAGGUAAAAAACAAACUUUCAGAGAUUGUUCAAAAUCCCACUGAAAAAUUGUUAAACCCUUUGUUCCCUGAUGAAUUACAAUGGAAAGAAAUGGAUUGGAGAGCGAGUUUUAUAGCCAUUCAAGUAAAUUGGUUUGCAUGCGGAGGAAUGGUAAUAAGUAUUUGCAUUAGUCACAAAAUUGGUGAUGCUGCAACCAUUUUCAACUUCAUGAAUGAUUGGGCCAUUAUCUACCAAAAGUUUGAUGAAGAUGAAAAAGAUUUAUUAAGUUUACUUGAUGCAGGGGGGACAAUUUUUCCACAAAGGGAUUUACCUAUUUUCCCAGAAAAUGUGUUAAAGAGAGAAAACAAUGUUGAGUUUAAAAGGUUUGUUUUUCAACCUGCGAUGAUCAAGUCUCUUAAGGCAAUGGUAACUUCUAGUUCCAUGCCUUCUCCCACACGCGUGCAAGUUGUAAUUGCAUGGAUUUACAAGCAUGCUGUAUCAAUAAUGGGGUUAAAUUUCCAGACGGCUUCGUUUUACAUGGUUGUGAAUCUACGCAAAAGAAUGGUUCCUCCGUUGUCUGAAAAAUGUGUAGGGAACAUACUUUGGUUUUCGUCUAUGAUGAUGACAAAUAAGAAGGAAAUGAAACUAGAAGAGUUGGUAUGCAAAAUAAAAGAAGGGUUAUCUGAAUGUUGUGACGUUUAUCCUAAAAUGUUUAGAGAGAUAGGGAAAAACAAUUUGUUGAUAUCUGAGUGCUUGAAGCAAGCUACAGAACCUCAAUCCGAAAAUAAAAAUGUGUUUGGUUUUAGUAGUUGGUGUAGGUUUCCAAUGUAUGAAGCAGAUUUUGGAUGGGGAAAACCAAUAUGGAUCACCACUACUGGUUGUUCUUCAAAGAAUAAUAUUCUUCUAAUGGAUACAAGAGAUGGAGAUGGCAUUGAAGCUGUUGUGAACAUGGAAGAGAAAUAUAUGGCUAAAUUUGAACAUGAUUUUGAGCUUCUUCAAUAUGCCUCUCUUAAUCCAAACAAUGUUGGAAGUGAUGACUGUGUGCUCCGUUCUUGAGCUCUCUCAACUUCUUUAAAUGUUGGUCCAUGUAUGUAAAGUGUGGAUGUGAAUUAAAGUUCUUCAAUAAGCAUCGAAUUGCGAAUGUGUUAAAA